CAGACCCGGGAGUGGCUGGCAAUGCCUGAGUGAACCGCUAAGGGGGGAGGAAGCUGCCCUGACUCUCAAUGGUGGAGUUGGAGCCGGGCGAGGCAGGGCAACCCCAGUUUAGGUUGCACAGGACUUCCUGGGGCCCUGGGUCGGUGCUGCCUUUCGUGGGCUCUUAGCCGCUCACCCCUGCCCUCUCCGCGGCUCUAGGAUGGGCUCUAGCUCCCUGGUGCAGCAGAAGUACCGGAAAUGUCUGGAGAGGGAUUUCCGAAGGGGCCAGUCGGGGGUCUGCACUGACCUGGCCCUGAGGGAGUGGCUGCAGCAGCGCCUGCUGGCAGAUCCAGAGCUGCACUACGCCCUGCGGAAUGACGUCUUUGCCAUGCUCACCAGCAGCCUUCAGGGAUGGGACGCCCUGCCCUUGGCACUCAGGGGGCUGGCCAGGGCCUUUGAGGUCCUUGAGCUGGCAGCUGUCAAUCUGCACCUCCUCCCUUGGCGCAAGGAAUUCAGCACAAUCAAGUUCCCUCUGGGCGUGCUGCAGUCCCUGGGGGCUGGGGGCUUGGGCCAGGAAGAAGUGCAGCUUGCUGGAGCUGCUAUCUCACAUGGGCCAGACCUCUUCGCUGAACGUGAUGGACAGUUAAGAGCUGCUCCAUGUCAUGCUGUUUAGGAUGGCACUCAGAGAGCAUGGUGAUGAUGAGCAUGGUAGAAAUACCUAGAGAGGAUCUGGCCUCAGGCAAUGGGCAGAAAACCAGCCACAACUCGUUUUGCUGAGAAGAAAAAACAAUGAUGCUCUCGCUCUUUUCAGAAUUUCCAGAUUUGGAGGGUUCACAUAUUCAAGGUGGUUGCUUGGGAACUGUGAGUAAUAGAGAGGGAAAGGAGAUGGCCAGCUUGCCUAGCAGUGCAUGUACUACAGACAACCCCCACCCCAGAAAUGGCCACAUCAGCACUAACACACAAUUAACCAGAUGCUACUUUGUGGGGAGGGUUUCAUUUUGUUCAGUAACAAUUUGUUGUAAGGCAAUGCAGAUAAUAUAUGGUGCAGUGAAACCUGCUCUAUCUGCUAAUCAUGAUGACUCUGUCUAGUGGCUGGACUUAUUACAGCUGAAAAUGUUUGAAAGCUGUCUGUUGGAGAGAGGAAUAGGGGCAGACAUUUUAACACCAUUGGCAUUUCAUUGGAGGAAAUGGAAAUCUGAUAUGAUUAUCUCUCUGGUAGGGACAGUUGGUAGUAGGGUGACCAGAUGUUCCGAUUUUAUAGGGACAAUCCCGAUAUUUGGGGCUUUUUUUUAUAUGGGUCCCUAUUACCCGUCCCCGUCCCGAUUUUUCACACUUGCUGUCUGGUCACCCUAGUUGGUAGGUAAGAAAUCUCCAAGGCCUGGUAAAAGUUGCUGUCAGCAUCAUGUUCACCUGCAUUAUUUAAUAAGAACGCCUAUGUGUCAUGAGGCAG